AUGGCGUUGUCUCCAACCCUACAGCACCAGCUUCUGUGCGACGAGCUGACUCCAAGGCCGCGUCCGGUGCCUGCGAGAAAGCCGAGGGCUCUCCUCCAACACAGGGCCGGAGAUGGGUGGCACGGCCGCAGCCGCCGCCCAUUGGCGCAAGGCCGCAGCCUGGUCCCUGCGGCAGUGGCAAUCUGGAGGACUACGCUUCGUUCUCGUCAUCAGAAGCGGAGGCGUUCGCGCUGCGCUGCAAGAUGCAGUCCGUCAAACAGUGGCGAGUCAGACAAAGCGGACGAAGAGGCUAUCGCAACGGGCGCCCCGCGCCUUCCGCUCGACACAUGGCUAGAGCAGGUCAAGCUACAUCAAGACCUGGCGAAGGACAUUGAAGAAAAGUUCGGCAGUGUUCCUCAACAGGCCAACGAGGUGGUGCAGGAUGUCGUGAUGCGCAUCCAGGCCGGUGCCCAACAAUGUGUCGCGCCGACGGCCACAGCGCAUCCCUUCGGCUCCACGGUAAACGGAUUCGGCGAGGAAUCAUCUGACCUAGAUGUGCUUGUGGCCAUUGAUGAAGAGGAGCUCACCUACUACAUGAGCUAUGCCAGCUUUCAGAGUCGAUAUGAAAGGCUGGGCAGCCCUUUGCUUUCUGAAGGUGCUUUAUCUGACUUGGUCCAGCCGUCUUUGCUGCUCAAGGCAGUGACACCCAAAAUCGCGAUGACGCAUGCCGUGCAACAGCUGGCGGACUUCUUGCCAGAACUGGGCUUCAAAGUAAGCCAACUUAUCCCUCGAGCUCGAAAACCUCUGGUCACGUUGGAAGACACGCAGAGCACACUGACGGAGGUAGAUGUUUCCAUAAACAACAGCCUUCCGCUCUACAACUCACAGCUGCUACGGGCAUACUCCGAGCUGGAUCCGCGGGUGCGACCACUGGUCCUCUUGGUCAAGGUCUGGGCUAAAGGCAAGAAAGUAUGCGGGGCACAGGGGGGCAACCUGUCCUCGUACUCCUGGACGAUUAUGGUCUUGUACUUCCUUCAACUGGUGGGGCUGCUCCCAUCUCUCCAGCUGCUCUCCAAAGACGAAAGGAUGCUGAAGACGAGGGACUACUGGAGCAACGAGCGGUCAUUCCAGGUUGGCUUUCUCGGCGCCAAGGAAUACCAGAAAGACGUGGCAGAUGGAAAGAUAGCGGCACCCGCUGGAGAGGCCGGCCUUUCUUUGGCCGAGCUUUUUUACGGGUUCAUACACUUCUACUCCAAAGAGUACAAGUGGGGCUCUGAGGUGGUUUCUGUGCAGAAGCCCGACCGCAAGGACAGAGGUCCAUGGUUCCUUCUCUUCGGCAAGGCUCAACCGGAGCCGUGCAUACACGUGGAGGACCCGAUCGAGUUCCGCGACCUGAACAUUGUGAUGCUGAGAGAGCGUCUCGCGCAGCUUAAGGAGGAGUUCGAACAUGCACUGGAGAUCCUCGCCGAGGGCGGCAGCCUUGAGGAGCUACUGAACCGUGAGCCCCGCCCGGAAGUGAUGCUGGUACCUCGCCGCCGAAAGCUGGGAAGGAGGAGGAAGUCCAUUCCCUUACCGGACUCAGCUGAUUUGCCGCCGCAGCAUGUGGUCUCUAAGAUCCUACGCUUGCUUUGUCCUUCCGUGUUCAAGGGUGUUGCUGCUGGAGAGCUGCCUUCAGCGACUUUCGACUCUUGCAAUACUCUUGCGACCAUUGCUUCGUUCACUUGGAACGGGCAACUUAGCGUUUCCAUUAUGGCGAGCGAAAAUGGGCUCGGUCGGCAGCUGUCGUGUUGGAUCGCUGCUGUGCGGACACAUUACCUGGUCCUGCUCUUCUUCACCUUGGUGGUGUACUUUCCGCGCCUCUGCCUGAGUUACGCGGUCUUCUUUCUGGCCCAGCUCCUUCGGCUCAUCGCGCGCCUCACCGGCGUGGCAACAGGCCGCCCGGUGGCCAACCGCAGAAUCCUGGUGAUCACGGACUACCUUCCACCCCAGACACACGGCAUCGCCAUCCGCUGCCAUGCCUACAUCAAAGAGAUGCGGGCAAAGGGUCACGAGGUGAUCGUCUUCAGCACGGCCUACGAGGCCAACAAGGAAACGUCGUUUGACCAUCCCAACAUCCCGGCGGUCGUCAACCCUUUCAACAUGAAGAACAGGAUAGGGUACACCCCAGGAGUAAAACUUGCUUGGUUUCUGGGUGCUCACACCUGGGAUGUAGUUCACUUGGUCUACCCGUCCCUGAUUGGUACUUUUGUCUUGUCCACGUGUGCUUGGCGGCGCAUCCCCGUCUACUGCUCGCACCACGUGGAGAUGAACAUGUUUGCCUACAAACUGGUGCCAAUCAGGCCUGUGGCUGAGUUUGGCUUGAGGAUGUAUGACAUGCUUGGAUUGUGGCCGGCCAUCAAGUGGGGCACGCUCAACUCCGCACCUACUCUGUGUUUCGCGCGGGACCACCUCGGCAAGGAGCACGAGGCCAAACUUAGGCGAGUCCCAUCCGGAACGCACAACACCUUCACUCCAACUCCCGCCUCGAGCACGGAACGAAGGGAUGUCCGAUUGGCCAAGUUUGGUGUCGACAGCGAGGAGGAGAAGGUCCUCCUCAUGGUGCAGCGCCUUUCUGCAGAAAAGGGCACUGAGCGCGUCUUUCAGGCCCUAGUGCCCAAGGAGGAGGGCGGUCAAGGUGUCAAGGGCGUCUUGGCAAUAGCAGGCGAUGGACCUUCCAAGGACUUCUUGGUGCAGGAGGCCACCAGGCUGCGCCUGCGUGUGGUCUUCCUUGGAAAUGUACCGCACCAGGAGCUUCCGCAGUUGUACAGAUCUGCGGACUGCUUCGUGACGAUGAGCCUCUCAGAGACCUUCGGCCUGACGUGCCUGGAGGCGAUGAUGUGCGGAUGUCCUGCCGUGAUGCCAUUUUGUUCAGUCUUCGAUGAGAUCUGGUUGGACAAGGACAAGCCGCUGACGCCCAAGGAGUGGCACUACAACAUCGAAUCCACCGAGGAAUUUGCCGCAGCUAUGGCACGUGCGCAAUCUAGUGGCCGAAAGUAUCUUCAGGAACAUCCAGUUCGGAUGACCUGGAAAGAUGCUGCGGAGAAUCUUCUCGAGCAGUACGAGGAGUGUAUCAAGAUGAACCAGAAGAAAAGGGAGACCUUGCGUGAACUGGUUCUGUUCCUGGACCACUGUGUAAGGGUUGCCGUUUGCUCCCUGGCUGCGUCUUGGGUCCUUUGCCGGUACUACUGGCCGGUCGUGAAAGGCUUCGGCAGGCAGCUGGGUCUCGAAGAGUUCAUGCGCUGA